AUGCGUUCGAACAUUUCAUUCGUGCUCUCACUGUGGACAGCGGCCGCAUGUGCUGUAAGCAUUGGAGAGAUCCAAGGCUCCUCGUACCAGUCUCCACUAGUUGGCCAGUUCGUUGAUGAUGUUAGAGGGGUCGUGGUAGCCAAGGACAAGUAUGGCCUCUGGAUUGUUGGCGAGCCCUCAGACGACCCGCGAGUCUCCAACGGCUUGCGCGUGUACGGCGUGAAUAUCGGCCGCUCUGUCAACCCUGGUGACCUCAUCUCCGUUUCUGGACGCGUAGCAGAGUAUAGAGCACGAUACCGACCAAACGAUCUCCUUUUGACAGAGUUGGAGCGUCCAACGAAUAUACACGUUCUUUCGUCUGGGCACGCCAUCGAACCCGUCGUCCUAGGCAAGGACCGCAUCCCUCCUAUCGCUCCUCUGUCUGCAUUUGAUAUGGGCAUAGAUGGCUGGUUAUCCGUGCCGAACAAUGUCACACUGCUUGAGGCGGAGAACAGGACGUUAGAACCUGAGGACUAUGGACUUGACUUCUGGGAGUCCCUUGAAGGACGGCUCGUCACCAUUGAGGACCCCACGGCGCUGAACUUCCCAGAUAUGUAUGGCUCGUUUUGGGUGCACGGUGGCUGGCCUGUCUCUGGCAAGAACGCGCGAGGUGGUUUGAGCCUUAUGCUCGGCUCAGACGGAAAGCCCGUGGCACAUUCUGAGGCAAUCCUCAUCGGCAAAUCCAUCGACGGCACAAAGAAUCCACGAACGAUGGUAGGCAUGAACCUAUCUAGUAUUACCGGUGUAUUGGCAUAUCAGUUCGGCUUCUACUCCAUACUGCCCCUCACUGCGCCGGAAGUAGUCUCUGUGCCGGACGACGAGCCUCAGCCUGCACCAAUUAGCUUGAGCGACGACCCUUGUCAACUCACGAUUGGUGACUACAACGUAGAGAACAUGACUCCUCGCUCUCACCAUAUCCCCAAGAUAGCGGACCAUAUCGCGAAUUACUUGCACUCCCCCGACAUCAUGUUUGUUCAGGAGAUCUCUGACGACUCUGGUGCGGCGGACAACGGCGUUGUCAGUGCGAACAAGACCCUGACCGCUCUCGUGAAGGCUAUCGCGCACGCUAGCGAGGGUGUUAAGUACGAGUUCGUCAAUAUACCACCAGUGGAUAAUAUGGAUGGUGGCAAGCCCGGGAGUAAUAUUCGCGUCGCAUACUUAUGGCGCCCCGAGAAGGUCGCGCUCGUGCCGGGAUCACCCAUCGGCAACGCAACGACCUCGACUCAGGUGAUCAAAGAUUCCAGCGGUCGCCUGUCCCUGAGUCUGAACCCAGGUCGCAUUGAGCCAUCGAGCCUGGCAUGGGAGGAGACGCGCAAAUCUCUUGCCGCUGCCUGGCAAACCGUAGCGGGUGAUCGCUUCUACACCAUCAACGUGCAUUUUAGCUCGAAGCGUGACUCGUCCUCUGCGCACGGUGAUGCGCGACCGCCGGUCAACGGUCAUAGCGAUCGCCGUGCACUCCAGGUGAACGUUACUGCGAACUUUGUCAAUUCGAUCCUUGCGCUCGACGCCAACGCCAGCAUUGUCGCUGCCGGCGACAUGAACGAGUUUGCAGAAACUCGCUCUGUGUUCAGCGCUUUCGACGGAGUGCUUUACAACAUUAACGAGGUCGCGGGAGUCGAACCUGUUGAGCGAUACACGUAUGUGUAUGAACAGCACAUGCAGGAGAUCGAUCAGGUCUUCAUUUCCGCCGGUGUCGCACGCAAGGGCGCUGAAGUUGAGCACAUCCAUGUCAACACUUGGGCAGCGUCCUUAGGCGAGCGAGCAAGUGAUCACGACCCAACUAUUGCAAGAGUGCGCGUAUGUGAUGGAUUCAAUGGUGUGUUCUCUGUUACAACUACUCCAACCCCGCCUGACCCCUUGUCCAUUUAUAGCUCAUGCUCAAGAUGGCUUGCAUGCACAGAUACCCUUCAGACUUCACAACAGCUAAAACACGUACAUGUAUAA